AUGAACUUCGAUAGACUGAAAGACUGCGUGAUUGCGUCCGCAGCCUUUAUACACUACCGAAAGAAGAUUGUCCAUCCGGAGACCACUGCGAUACGGUCUCUAAAUUUUGACGCCGAAAUCCUCAAAGAUGACAUCUUCGGCCCUAUAAGUUCGCCUGAAGUCGAGGUGCGGAUACAAGGGUUUUUGAGAUCCUGCCGCCGGAUGGCGAUCGGUAUGCGCCCCGCACAUUUCGGCUAUGCCUUUCCAGCAACCAGCCACGAGGACCCUGCACCUGUUUACGAUCUUUUGGAUUUUGACUUUGACAAGGAACCACAAGUCGAACUUCGAGUCCUCUACGAUUGCCCCAUGGCGGAGGACGCGGAAACAGACAACACCAUCUACUACUACGUUAUGAUCACUUGGACCGGGGACACGUACUCGGAGUCUUGA